UCAACUAGCCGAUCUCGAUCGAAAGUGAAUAUUUUACGACAUCAAAAAUGACUUCGCAGUGGGGCGAAACUGUCUCUUUUGACUAUGGGGAUUUGCAAGCAAACACUAUGGCAGUUGACUGCUUGGGCAAGUGGGCACUGUUGGCAGGACGAAGGGUUCUCGGCCUGGUUGACUUGGAUGAUCCAUUAGAGAAAAUGCAUCGACUAACUAGACAAAGUAAAUGGGACAUAACAUGCAUACAAUGGAAUCCCCAUGCCUCACAUGCGCAACUCUUUGCAGCUACUUGUAAACAGAGGUUGGACCUUUUUUCGUGGGCAGAUGGUUCCAGUAAACAGUCAUGUAGUAUGAAGGCUCAUUCUAGAAAUAUCAGCGAUAUAGACUGGUCCCCAUUCGAUGUAAACGUUAUAGCAUCAUGCUCAGUGGAUGCUUACACGCUGCUGUGGGAUGUCAGGGACACAAAGAGACCAAGUGCUUCUUUUCAAAGUGUUUGUGGAGCCACACAGGUGAAAUGGAACAAAGUGACCAACAAUCUGUUUGCUACUGCCCAUGAGGGUGAUGUCAGGAUCUGGGAUCCUAGGAAGCCUAAUACAGCUGUGUUAUACCUAACUGCACAUUUAUCCAAAAUUCAUGGUUUAGACUGGAGCCCUUCUAAUGAGCAUAUAUUUGCUUCCGCUAGUCAAGAUUGUACUGUGAAGUUCUGGGAUUGUUCCAAUACAAGACAAGAUAAAGGCAUGUUGAAAUCCGGCUCUCCGGUUUGGCGUGCACGAUUCACACCUUUUGGAGAUGGCUUAGUGACGGCAGUGAUGUCUACGUUAAGACGAGGAGAAAACAGUUUGUUUUUGUGGAACAACUCUAAUCUCGAGCAACCGGCCCAUCAGUUUAUAGGCCAUAGUGAUGUUGUCCUGGAAUUCUACUGGAGGAAGAAAGACGAAUCGACUAGAGAUUAUCAACUUGUGACAUGGUCAAAGGAUCAGACUCUGAAGAUAUGGAAGGUGGACCCGCAGCUACAGAGGAUGUGUGGCCAUGAGACGCUAGAUUCCUCAGAAAAUGAGUCAUCAACCCAUGAUUCUUCAGAAACCAUCAAAGAAAAUGGCCACUCCCACACGCAUCCAGAAAUCAAUGGUGCUAAAAAUAGCAACCAAUCAGAAAGUUUUUCUCAUCAGCAGCCAAUGACAUUGUAUCAAGAGUUCUCAAUGGUCAAUCAGCACAUUCCCAAUGUUACCAUUGAUAAGAUGGAUGGAUCUCAACGGUUGUGCUCAGUCUCUGUUAGUUCCGGAAAACAUAUAAUAAACUUGACGAUACAUUUCCCGGCAAACUAUCCUCAUGUUUCCGCUCCGAAUUUUGAAAUUCAUUCCCCAACCAAUGUCGGAUUAGGCAUUGUAAAGAAACUUUAUAAGGUAUUAAAUGAAACAUCACAGACGAACAUAAAAAGGAAUCUGAAUUGCCUGGAGCCAUGUAUACGACAGUUUGCCACACAUUUUGAAAACAUGACGUUGGAGGAAAGGAAGACACCAGACUCGGACACAUUUGCACCGACAACCAAUAAACUCCAACAGUCAUUUAUGCAACAACUGCCAUUCGCAGCAUUUCAAGAUUACUCCAUUCCUUUUCCUAGGACAUGCGGCGCUCAGUUUAAUUCUGCAGGGAUGUUAGUGUGCUUUGGAAGAUCAAGAGAGGCAAGCAAAGGUUCAGAAAAAACUCCAAAAGCCCUGUCAGAGUUAGCUGCCUACACAUCCACAAACCGAGUUCGAGCCUCACAGAGUUCCAGUGGAUUUUCAACUAUGUUUUCAAGAAGUCCACCAACACCGAAAGCUGAACCUGUCUCCAUCAGUAGUUACUAUAUGUUUAAUAAUAAGAGACAAAGAACAAAGUCACGUAACUAUGGAAACCUACAAGAGACAAAAUGGAAAAGUUUGGAUAAGACUUCAAAGAGGGAGAAAAAGUCGGUGAAGUUAGAACCUGUGAGAAUAUACAAUACACAUUGUCUGCUCAAUAUUCACAGAGAACUGGCAGAAAAAUACAGUUUGGAUGUGACUAAUAUAGAAAGUAUGUGUGAACAUAACAAGAAGGAAGCUGCUGCAGUUGGGCGGAAGGAUCUUGUUAGGUUAUGGUCUAUGAUACCUGUCACAUGUAGUCAGAUGUUGACCCCUUCCACCAACCCUGAUGACGGCAUACCCUGGGCACAGAGACCUUUUGGUAGACAGAUGUAUGAAUCUCUAAUUAAUUAUUACAAGAGUAUACACGAUGUUCAAACUCUUGCCAUGAUCUGCUGUGUGUUCUGGGACAAGAAAAUUGUCGUCUCUGUCCCACAAUCCUCCAAUAUAAAGAAAUCAGCUUCCAAGGCGUCUUUAGACUAUGUCCCUCCAAAUUAUAAUCCGUAUCACACCGUCUCAUCCAUGUCUGGGUUACUGAGAAGCUUGACCAAGGCUUUACGUGAACAGAGAGAAGAGUCACAUGAUGAUACAGCACCUCACAUGGAGGCUGGAAGCCUGUCGCCCCCAGAAACUGUCACAUCCCCCAACAUUUCAAAUUUCCUCAGUAGAGCAAUGGUGAAGAUAAGACGCUCCAACAGUUUAUCAGAUUUCUCAUUUGAGGAUUACAGAUUUGCAGAGGAAUUAGAUCCCAAAGAGAAGGCUGAGGAAAUUGAGAGAAAACAGCAUGAAAAUAACUGCAGAAUUUUGGACCCAAGCAAAUACAUUCUGUAUGACCAUUUUCUUAAAGUGUAUGCUGAUAUUUUGUACCGAUGGGGUUUGAGGAACCAGUAUGCCCAGAUCAUGAAACAUGUGACAAUUCCUCCCGAACAACAUGCCGGCAUAGAGUUUGGGGUACAGUGUCACUAUUGUAAGGCUGAUGUCAGAGGGGUCAAGUGUGGCACAUGCAAAAUGAAGGCAUUCCAAUGUGUCAUUUGUCAUACAGGGGUCAAAGGGACCUCGAAUUUUUGUCUCAACUGUGGACAUGGUGGCCAUGCUGCUCAUAUGAAGGAGUGGUUUAGACAGGAAGAGGUGUGUCCAACAGGCUGUGGGUGUUUCUGUCUUAAAUGGAAUCCAUUUUGAAAUUCAUGAGGACAUGUGAUAGUCACAUGGUUUUCAUAUGAAGGAGUGGUUAAGACA